GUCUGUCCAACCUUCUGUAGACAAGUUGUUUUCAUCCUUACCUUUUUCUUUCAGGAGCCCCGGCAGCCGUCGCAUCCGUUUUCCGGCGUUGCGGCAGGAUCCGUCCAUGGCUCCGCCCCCUAUUGUUCAGCAGAAGUCCUCCUCUCCGUCUCAGCCUUCCGGGAAGAGCGAGGUCUCUGAUCUUAAGCUUCAGCUCCGUCAGCUAGCUGGUAGCCGCGCACCCGGUGCCGAUGACUCCAAGCGCGACCUCUUCAAGCGCGUGAUCUCCUACAUGACUGUGGGGAUCGACGUCUCCGCCGCCUUCAGCGAGAUGGUCAUGUGCUCCGCCACCUCCGACAUCGUCCUCAAGAAGAUGUGCUAUCUCUAUGUCGGAAACUAUGCUCGUUGCCACCCCGAUCUCGCCCUCCUUACUAUUAACUUUCUACAGAAGGACUGCCGCGAUGUGGACCCUAUGAUCCGUGGCCUCGCCCUCCGUAGCCUCUGCUCCCUCCGAGUUCCUAACCUCGUUGAAUACCUUGUUUCCCCACUUUCUUCUGGGCUUGAGGACGGCAGCCCCUACGUCCGGAUGGUCGCGGUCCUUGGUGUACUCAAGCUGUAUCACAUCUCCGCUACUACAUGCUUCGACUCGGAUUUUCCAGCUUCGCUCAAGAACCUAAUGCUCACCGAUUCGGAUGCCCAGGUGGUUGCAAAUUGCCUGUUUGUAUUGCAGGAGAUAUGGAACUUGGAGGCCAAUAAAUCAGAGGAAGCCAAUAGGGAAAGAGAGACUCUUCUCAGCAAGCAGACCAUAUACUACCUUUUGAAUCGGAUUAAAGAAUUCAAUGAAUGGGCACAGUGCCUUAUCCUUGAACUAAUUUCCAAGUAUAUACCUUCUGAUAGCAAUGAUAUAUUUGACAUAAUGAAUCUACUCGAGGACAGACUUCAGCAUGCAAAUGGAGCUGUUGUCUUAGCUACAAUCAAAGUAUUUUUGCAUCUGACAAUGUCAAUGACCGAUGUUCAUCAGCAGGUCUAUGAACGCCUUAAAGCUCCUUUGCUCACUUUAGUUGGGUCGGGAAGUUCUGAACAAUCCUAUGCAGUUUUGAGUCACCUGCAUCUGUUGGUGAUGCGUGCUCCGAUGCUCUUCUCUUCUGACUACAAACAUUUUUAUUGCCAAUUCAGUGAUCCAUCAUAUAUUAAAAAACUUAAACUUGAGAUGUUGACUGCCAUUGCUAAUGAGAGCAACACUUAUGAGAUUGUGACUGAAUUGUGUGAAUAUGCUGGAAAUGUUGAUGUGCCCAUUGCAAGGGAGUCAAUUCGAGCAGUUGGUAAGAUAGCCUUGCAACAAUAUGAUGUCAAUGCAAUUGUUGACAGGCUUCUGCAAUUUCUUGAGAUGGAGAAAGAUUAUGUUACGGCUGAAACUCUGGUUCUUGUGAAAGAUCUACUAAGGAAAUAUCCACAAUGGAGUCAUGACUGUAUUGCUGUUGUUGGAAAUAUCAGCAGCAAAAAUGUUCAAGAACCAAAAGCAAAAGCAGCUCUUAUAUGGAUGUUGGGAGAAUAUUCCAAGGACAUGCCUGAUGCCCCUUAUAUUCUAGAAAAUCUUAUUGAGAAUUGGGACGAUGAGAAUGCAGCAGAGGUUCGUUUGCAUCUUCUCACUGCAGCAAUGAAAUGUUUCCUAAAAAGGCCACCUGAGACGCAGAAGGCUCUGGGAGCUGCACUAGCUGCUGGAGUGGCUGAUUCCCAUCAGGAUGUUCAUGACCGGGCCUUACUCUACUACAGGCUUUUGCAAUAUGAUGUGUCUGUUGCAGAACGUGUUGUAAACCCUCCCAAGCAAGCUGUUUCUGUCUUUGCUGAUCUACAGAGCAGUGAAGUUAAAGAUCGAAUAUUUGAUGAAUUCAACACUUUAUCUGUCGUCUACCAGAAGCCUUCUUAUAUGUUUACUGAUAAGGAACACCGAGGACCAUUUGAGUUCUCAGAAGAGAUUGGAAAUUUGUCUCUGGAUCAAGAAUCUAUGGAUAAUGCUCCUAGAUUUGAUGAGAGCGACAAAGAUCUAUUGCUAAGUACAUCAGAGAGAGAAGAAAAUGGAGGACCAAGUAUCAAUGGGGCUGCUACUCCAGGAUAUAGUGCUCCACAUGACUAUAAUAGUUCGUUAGUACCUCUUAGUUCACAGACACAAUCAGAACCAGCAGUUACUUCUCGGACGUCCUUUGCCAUUGAUGAUCUUCUUGGUUUAAGUAUGCUAGCUGCCCCUGCACCUCCAUCAUUAAAGCUUAACUCAAAAGCAGCCUUGGAUCCUGGUACUUUCCAAAGAAAAUGGGGUCAACUGGGUGUAUCAAUCUCACAGGAAAUUCCUAUUAGUCCUCAAGGAGUUGGAAGCCUAACCACACCUCAGGCCCUCAUCCGUCACAUGCAAGCCAACUCUAUCCAUUGCAUCGCCUCUGGCGGUCAAUCCCCAAACUUCAAGUUCUUCCUCUUUGCUCAAAAGGAUGACGGAUCAGCAUCAUUCUUCCUGGUGGAGUGUAUCGUCAACACCUCAUCAGCAAAAGCACAAGUGAAAGUCAAGGCAGACGAUGCCAGUGCAUCCGAAGCCUUCUUUGCAUUGUUUCAGUCAGCUUUGUCAAAGUUUGGGAUGUAAUGAAUAGUCAACAGUUGUGUCUUCCCUUCUUCAAUGCCAUAUUAAGCUACUUGAAUAGUAAGUCCGCAGAGUUCGAUGAGUGGUGUAAUAAGUUGACGAAGCAAUUUAGCGUACAAAAGGCGGUGCAACUGCUUUAUGCAUCUAAGAACUUGUCCGUUGCACUUGUACAAUUGGUUAAUUUUCACUACAGUUAUUCAAAAUUAAUAUGUUCUGUAUGAAAAUAGGUUAACAUUGCCUUGUGUAGAGAGACUGCCAUGAGAAUGAGAAUGUAUUUUAUCGAGACGUAUUAUUCCCAUUAUUACACGUUCAAUUCUUCUAUCA